AUGGAAGGAGAACUCACCAUCUCCCACUGGGUGAAAAGCCCAGUUCGCUACCAGUGGCACUUUGAAAAUCGGGACCCGGACGACUGCGCGGAGGACCAUGCCCUGUUCGCCCUGCCCGGGCCUGCUGUCGAGGGGGUGCGCGUCGAGACCACAGAGGCACUCAGCGAGAGGCGGCAGACGGAACCCCAGUUCCAGGUGCUGUUGGACGUGACCCAGUUUAAGCCUGAGGAUAUUCUGAUCCAGGUGUUCGAGGGGUGGCUGCUGGUGCGAGGCCAGCACGGCGCGCGUAUGGACGAACACGGGUUCGUAUCGCGCAGCUUCACGCGGCAGUACCCGCUGCCCGAGCAGCUCAGGCUGAACGCCGGGGACCUAAGAGCCCUGCUCUGUCAUGACGGAAUUUUGGUCGUGGAGACAAAGGACAACGUCUCGAAGACCUAG